AUGACGGGCCGCGAGGAGCUCCCGGAGGGCAAAGCCAAAGGAAACGCGCUGGCGCCCAGCAGCGCCUGUGGCCACGAGAAGGCGCGCUUGGGGAGCCCGGCCGGGGCCGGCGGCGGUUUGCGCUCCAAGGGCUUCGCCAUCACGGACCUCCUGGGCUUGGAGGCGGAGCUGCAGCCCCCGGCCGGCUCGAGCUGCGAAGGCGGCGGGCCAGCUGCGGGUCGAGGAGGAGGAGGAGGAGGAGGCGGCGGCGGAGGCGCUCCCUUGCCGCUGGGCUUGGGCUUCCUCUGCGGCUUUGCCACCCAGCAGCCCGCCGGGGCGCCUCGUCUCCUGCCGGCGCACCUCCCCUUCCUCCAGCCUCGCUCGGAGCACCAGCACCAGCACCCCCGGUACGGGCCGGAAGCCGAGAAGUCCAAGUUGACCGUCUCCGAUGAAGACAGUUUAUCAGGGGACAAGAACAACCUGAAGGCAUCUGACUCUCAGAUCAAGAGAAAGAAACGACGUCACAGAACUGUGUUUACUGCCCAUCAGCUGGAAGAACUGGAAAAGGCUUUUAAUGAAGCUCAUUACCCGGAUGUGUAUUCCAGAGAAAUGUUAGCUAUGAAAACUGAAUUGCCAGAGGACAGAAUACAGGUUUGGUUUCAGAACCGAAGAGCCAAGUGGCGGAAGCGUGAGAAAUGUUGGGGCCGCAGUAGUGUGAUGGCCGAAUAUGGUCUCUACGGUGCCAUGGUGAGGCACUCCAUCCCACUUCCAGAAUCAAUUAUCAAUUCUGCCAAAAGUGGAAUGGUUGGUUCCUGUGCCCCUUGGCUAUUGGGAAUGCAUAAAAAAUCAAUAAAUAUUAUAAGAAAGCCUGAAAAUGAGGAAAAAGGAAAUGGCAUCUGGAAAUCUGAACAUCCCGAGGAGGAAUUCAAAAUUAAGCAGACAGAAUAUGAACGAAACCCCACUAAUAAAUUAAUCUCAAUGGACAGUUCGGAAGAUACUGCAAUUGAUCUCUCUAGUACGGCAAAGCAGGAAAAGAAGAGUAGUAAUCUGAGUUUUGGUGGAGGCCCACAGACCAAAAUGAAAGAUGCUGAACACUAA